AUUUGUUACUGUUACACAGAUCUUACCUCAAAAUUUUGUCCCUUACCUGAAAAUCUAGGUGAGGGCUGAUAAUUAAGUUCGGUAAAUAAGCUAUUUACGUCGUAUUUAGCUUCUUACUCUCAGUUUUAACGGAUUUAAUUUUUAGUUUUAUGGUUUUAAUUAAAAACAAGACAAUUCUUGGUAAACAAAUUAUUUUGAAAUAGGCCUAGGCCUAACCUAAUCAAAAAAUGAUUGAUGAUCCGGGAAAAUUUGACUUAAAAAGUGUAAAGAUUAGCAUUCAAAAGGCUGUUUUGGAUUGUUCCAUUAGGGGUCUAAAUCAUACAGCUAAAUGGUUAUCCGAGUUAAAUUUUUCUCUGAAAGACGUGGUGGUUGAUCCUACUGAAAGAGUACACACAAACCCUGCAGUCUUUGGAGAUGAGUAUGAUACGUAUUUUGUGGCCAAAAGUUACUUCGACGUCAAAGAAUAUGACAGAUGUGCUUAUUACACAGAGAAAAGUACCACACCAAUUUGUCGUUUCCUGCAUGCUUAUUCCAAAUACUUGUCGUUGGAAAAGAAAAAGAUUGAGGACAUGACUGAUGACUGGCCAGAUCCCAGGACCAACUCAAAACUGCAAAGUUUGUGUCAAGAUUUGAGAGCAGAUUAUCUAGACUGGAAGCUUGACUGUUACAUGCUGUACUUGUACGGUGUGGUUCUGAAGAGGAGAGACCUACACAAUGAAGCUAUACAGGUUUUGGUUGAGGCUGUACACAAGGAGCCACUGCAUUGGGGGGCUUGGUUCGAACUGGCCACUCUCAUACCUGAUCGAGCAAAGCUCAAGUCCCUGCUGCUCCCUGACCACUGGAUCAAGCAGUUCUUCUUGGCGCACACAUACUUGGAGCAGCAACUCAACGAUGAAGCUCUGGACAUCUACAGUCAGCUGCAGACUCAAGGGUUCGGCCAGAGUAAUUACCUACUGGCCCAGACUGCUGUGGCAUACCACAACAAGAGAAAUGUUGUAAAGGCAAUCUCCACUUUCCAUGAGCUAAGGAAGUUGGAUCCUCUACGGCUUGACAAUUUGGACAUAUUUUCGAAUUUGCUUUACGUCAAAGAAAUGAAGGUGGAGUUAGCCUAUCUUGCACAUCACACCACUGAAGUAGACAAAUACAGAGUGGAAACUUGUUGUGUUAUUGGAAACUACUACAGUUUGAGAACUGAACACCAGAAAGCGGUUUUGUACUUUCAGAGGGCUUUGAGGCUCAACCCGCAAUACCUAUCUGCUUGGACACUUAUGGGACACGAGUAUAUGGAGAUGAAAAACACAAACGCAGCCAUACAGAGCUACAGACAGGCUAUUGAGGUAAAUCGCCGUGACUACCGCGCCUGGUAUGGGCUCGGGCAGACCUACGAGAUACUCAAGCUGACAAACUACUGUCUGUACUACUACAAACAGGCACAACAACUACGGCCCAACGACAGUCGCAUGUUGAUAGCACUGGGCGAGACUUACGAGAAACUAGAUAAGGUGCAGGAGGCAAUGAAAUGUUUCUACAAGGCUCGUAGCGUUGGUGACGUUGAAAACGUGGCCAUAUUUAAACUCGCUAAAUUAUACGAGAAAGUUCUUAUGCACGAGCAAGCGCUUUCGGUGUACACAGAGUUUGUCAAAGAGGUCCAACAAACCACUGGUGACACGAAGUCUGAUAUGGCACAUGCAUACAAAUAUCUCACCGUGCAGCAUCUGAAGAACAACAACCUCGAUCUGGCUCACCAGUACGCGCAGAAGUGCCUAAUGUUUGAGGAGACUAAAGAAGAGGGAAAGUCAUUUCUGAAAACAAUAGCAAUGAGACGAGCCCAGCAAGGAGAAGAAGGAGGGAUGCAGAUAGAGAGACUGUGUCACUGUGAUAAUGCUUCAUGCGAUUAAACCAAAUUUCGCUAGGUUGACGAAAACUCCUCAAGACAACGAAUCAGGAAUCCUGAGUUUUACAGUCCAGUCAGGAGUUUAGUGUUUUUAACUCCAGAAAAUAAUACUUAGUGUUUUUUGCUUUUAAAUAAGUCAGUUUUCCAUUUUUUUGAUUCAAUCCAAUAUUGUGAACUGUGUUAAUAUUAAAACUUAAUUAAAAAAAACUUUUGUUUUCAA